AUGGAUACAUCAUCAACGACGAUGAAAACCAGUACUAAAAACAACUUAACAUCUACCAGUAAUAUGGAACAUGUAGCUGCAUUCGAUUUAAUCUCGGUCGAAGGAUACCGUAUGGAUGGUCGAAAAUCGGAUGAAUUACGACAAUUUCGUUGUUUAUUCAAUACAAUGUCCGAUGCUGAUGGUUCAUGUUAUUUAGAACAUGGUAACUGUAAAUUAUUGGCAAUGAUUUAUGGACCGUACGAAGGUCGAUCGAAUCAAGAACAAGCCGUUAUUACAUGUGAUUUUUCGAUGACACAAUAUUGUGUUAGUGAACGACGUUUGAAAACGUAUGGUGAUUUAAAAAGUCAAAAAAUUCAAAUGUCCAUACAACGUGUAUUUCAACAAGCAAUUCUCACCGAAACAUAUCCAAAAUCACAAAUUGAUAUUUAUUUGAAGAUAUUACAAUCAGAUGGAAAUGAUUAUUGUCCGUGUGUAAAUGCUACAACAUUGGCACUGAUUAAUGCCGGUAUACCACUCAAAGAUUUUGUUUGUUCAUCAACUGUUGGUAAUAUACAAGGAAAAUAUAUUGUUGAUUUAAAUCAGCAAGAAGAACAGCAGCAAACACCAAAAUUAACAUUGACAAUAAUGCCACAACGAAAUGAAAUUGUGUCGCUUAGUUGUGAAUCACGUGUUCACGCAAUCACCUACAAUGAUAUGUUAGAUUCAGCAACAAAUGCUUGUCAACAGUUAUUUAGUUCGAUGAAACAAGCGGUUAUUGAACAGCUUAAAACUAGUCUUAAUUUGCUUCAUGAUAAUUGA